AACACUAACUUGAAAAUUUAGGUAAAAAAAAAUUCAUCUCACUUUAUUUACACACUGAUAUUACAUUUAUAUAACCUUAUCUUGCACCAAUAAUCCACAGAGUCAAAACCCACAUUAUCUAUAAAGGAGGUGAAAGUGAGCAAAGGCAAUGUUUUGCAACCUUCAUCCUGAGUACUCUGAUUACUUCGUCGCUAAUUGCUGAACAACUUGCGACCAUCAGCGCCAGAUUUUGACUCAAUCUUGGUGGUCUUUCAUUCAAAUCCUUCUUGCUCAUGGUUCAACAACAGGUAAAACUAUUUGAAGCAGUGGCUAUUUGUUCAUUUUACUCUACGGCAAAAUUAGAAAUGUAGCCGCCCAUCAGUAACCAGAUCUGCAGUUCGCCAACCAACUCCUUCUCUUCAUUUGUCUUACUUCACAAAAGCCUCACUGCAUUUGUUUCUAUUAGCAAGAAAUUCAAAUGGCUGAGGAUUCCGCCAAAGAGAUUGCUCUUGAAAUCAAGCAUAUGCUUGAUUGCUCACGUUCUCCAGCCUUAAAGCCCUCUAUCUUUAAAGUUGAUGAUCAUUUGCGGAUUCCUGGGAGGGACAACGAUUAUGAUCCAGAAAUACUGUCGAUUGGUCCUUAUCACCAUGGGAAAUCUGGUUUACAAAAUAUGGACCAGCACAAGUGUUGGUACUUGAAGCAACUUCUUAGUCGUAAAAAUGAGAGUGUCGAAAGAUAUGUCAUUGCCGUGGCAGCAAUGGAAGAAAGAGCACGGAGAUGCUAUGCCGAGCCUGUUGAUCUUGACGUUAAUGAGUUUAUCAAGAUGAUGGUACUUGAUGGCUGCUUCCUCAUUGAAUUACUGCGCUACCAUAGUCUGAAAGAUCUGAGAGUUGCCAAUGACCCAAUUUUCAAAAAUGAGAGAAUCCUUAGUCAACUGCGCCAUGACAUUAUGUUGCUUGAGAAUCAGCUUCCUUUCUUUGUCCUAAAUCAGCUAUUCAACAUGACUAAAAUAGAGGAUUCAAGAGACGACAUAAUUGGUCUUACCUUGUGCUUUAUCGAUGGCAUGUUUCUGAACAUCUCGGUCUCAAAAGUCUACCAGAAAUUACCAACGCAGAAUAUUGACCACCUUUGCAGCUUGAUACAUGAAAUUUGUUGUCUUCCGUUUGCCGGGACAAUCUUACACAAGAAUUUCGGAAGUAAUGCAUGCCAAAAUUGGGAGAGCAUACUCUCCGUCUCAGGGCUCCAGGAGGUUGGAAUUAGAUUCCAAAAGGCAGAAGGAACAAGUGGUUUCAUGGAUAUGACAUUUGUAAACGGGGUGUUGAGAAUUCCACCAUUGAACAUAUUUGAUGAAACAGAGUCGCAAUUCAGAAAUCUCAUUGCAUAUGAACAGUACCUGCCAGAUUGUGAAGCAAGAUAUGUCUCAGACUACACGUUCUUUAUGAAUUGUCUCAUUAACACACCCGAGGAUGUUAGACUGUUGCGCAAUUAUGGAAUCAUUGGAAACUGGUUGGGCGACGAUAAAGAGAUCUGCGAGAUGUUUAAUCGACUAGGGAAAAAUAUCCUCACCUCUACCAAAUUCAGUUACUCUCAUAUUUUUAAUGCUGUGAACUGGGAAUUUCAACGUCGAUCUAACAGUUGGAUAACAAAUUUGCGGAGGAAUUAUUUUGGUAGCCCGUGGUCAGUCAUCUCAUUACUUGCAGCCUUUGCAUUACUUAUCCUAACCUUGCUUCAGACUCUGUAUACCAUACUUUCCUACUACAAUCGUGUAGGUAAAGUGCAGCAGAUCUCGUGAUCCCUCAGAAAAAUUUUAAAUUUGCUAAUGUCAUGUUGUGAAUGUUGAAUCCAGAAUCUGUGUGGGAUGUUGUUUUGUUCUCGUAAGUGGAUUCAGACAGUCGCCUUGUGCUGCUAACGACGAAAAGAAUAUGUGGUUAGACUGUAUGACAAUGUGUGAGAUUUCUAUUUCAAAUCUGGAAAAGCCUCUCUCCUAGUUUCUAAUGUCUACUAGUAAAAUGCUACCUGCAGUUUCCGGAGCCAUAGCCGACGAAUUUUAGCCCGGUUCCGUUCUGUAAGAAAUAAUUACCAGUGAAGUAGAAGUAAAAGGAACACCCUGCCUAAUAUUUUUAUGUUAAAUCGAUUGGAACAGAGAUGCAAAUUUUUAGUUUGUUGCCUAUCGAUUGAAACAGGGAUGCAAGUUUUUAGUUCGUUUGGACAUGGCUAAUAACUUACAAACAUGUCCCGUUGCGAUGAAGGUCAUUGUUUGAGCCUUCGAGGUAUUUGCUUGUUUUGUUGAAGCAUAAUUG